AUGUUUGCUCUCAGCCAUUACGGCUCUUACUGGCGCAAAAUGCGAAAAAUUGCCACGUUUGAGCUUCUAUCCAAUCGCAGAAUGGAGCUGUUAAGGCAAGCCAAAGAGUCUGAAGUUAACCAAGCCGUAAAAGAGUUGUACCAAAGUUGGAAAGAAAUUAGAAAAGACUCACAAGAUCAGGACUUGGUGGAAAUGAAGCAGUGGUUGGGGGAGUUGACAUUGAACGUAAUUCUGAGAGUGGUGGUUGGGAAAAGGAACUUUGGAGUUGGAGCAAUGGUGGGAGAAGAAGAUGAAGAAAAGGCCCGGCAGUGGCAGAAAGCGACGAGGGAGUUUUUACAUUAUUUGGGAUUCUUUGUAUUUGGUGAUGUUGUUCAAUAUUUGGGAUGGUUGGAUAUUGGCGGCCAUGUGAAGGCCAUGAAAAGGACCUCGAAGGUAUUGGACCGAAUGUUAACGCAGUGGUUGGAAGAGCACAAGAAAGACGGGGCUUUUGGUAAUCCUGAAAAAGAUAAAGACUUCAUUGAUGCAAUGCUUUCAAUUCUGAAGGAUCCAACUCAUGUUGAUGUUCUUUCUCAUGGCUUUCAUCACGAUACCAUUAUCAAAUCAACAUGUUUAACCAUGAUCUUGGGAGGUGGUGAAACAAUUGGGGUAGCCGUAACAUGGGUGCUCUCACUACUCCUAAACAAUCCUCCUAAAUUAAAGAAAGUGCAAGAAGAACUCGACACUAGGGUUGACAAUGGGGCUAGGGCGAGGUGGGGGAGGGUUCCCCGUCCCCGGCCUUGUGGGGGAAAUUCUCACCCAUACCCGCCCCCGUCCCGGCCAUUUGAAGGUGGGGAUGGGGGCGGGAUUCCGCAUUGA